AUGGAACGUGACGAAAACUCAGGGUCAGGGCAUGGCAAUUAUAUGUGCAGUUUCAUCCCGCCCUACUUGCUCAAAGCAAUCGCAGACUCGUCUGAAGCACCUCGAUCUGCCAGUGAAGCAGAAGAUAUUGACAAUGAUAUUCGCAGCGGCCGUCAGGUCCUGCCCGAAGAAGCAACGCCUGGGUUCAUCCCUCCUUAUGUAACUGAGGCCCUUGUGGAUGCUGAAGCUACCGAGCCUCAGGCCCGUGAGAGCGCCCAGCAAAAUCUGCAACAGGAUCGUGAAAUUCGUCGUGAGCGUGCCAAAACGGCAGAUCUUGCUGUUUUGUCUCCAACCCGCCAGAUUUACGACUGCAGAGAAACCGCAAGUCUUCCAGGGUCACUUGUUCGACCGGAGAAUGGACCAGAAUUAAAAGAUAGGGCUGUGAACAACGCAUACAAUGGUUUGGGUAUAGCCUUCAAUUUUUUUGCUACUGUGUUUGGGCGAAACUCUAUCGAUAAUGCUUCUCUUACCCUUGUUUGCUCUAUGCAUUAUAGCCACGACUACAACAACGCCCUCUGGAAUGGCCGCCAGAUGAUUUUUGGAGAUGGUGAUGGAAAGUAUUUCGACUACUUCUCCGACUCCCUAGAUGUCAUCGUCCACGAGCUCACACACGGCGUAACCCAGUACACAGCGAAACUCAAGUAUGAGAAUCAACCCGGUGCUUUGAAUGAAUCAAUAUCUGAUGUAUUUGCUUGUAUGGCUGAGCAAUGGCACUUUGGUCAAACAUCAGCACAGGGAGACUGGAUUCUAGGACAGAAUAUCCUCCCAGUGGCAAGAAAGGGGGCUGCGUUACGCUCGUUAAAGGCUCCGGGUACUGCUUACAAUGAUAACUUGGGCAAAGAUCCUCAAAUCUCCCACAUGCGCGACUAUGUCACAACCGAUAAAGAUAACGGUGGUGUGCAUUACAAUUCGGGAAUUCCUAAUCAUGCUUUCUACCUCACUGCGAUUGGUCUUGGCGGCCAUUCCUGGGAGCGUGCGGGACAAAUCUGGUACAAGUCCCUCACAGACCGGCGUGUGAAUCCCAAGUCAACAUUCAAGGAAUUUGCGGAGGUCACUUUGGACCACGCACAGAAUAUGUUUGGAAACUUGGUGAGCCCCAUUGUGAAAUCUUCCUGGCAAUCUGUUGGAGUUCUGUAA